AUAUCAACACAAGUGACAAAAGCGUCAGAUACCUGCUAGAGCUCCUUAUCUGUAUAGUGCUAUGGCUUGCCUAGUUUCAUUGUCCAUCUCCCUCUUCAUCUGUUUGGUCUGCUCUCAAGGGCAUGCGCUCAGUUUGAAUUACUAUGAAAAGACAUGCCCCAAUGCCGAAAGCAUUGUAACAGAGGUUGUAAAGGAUGCUGCAAAGAAAGACAACACGGUGCCUGCAGCACUACUGAGGAUGCAUUUUCAUGAUUGUUUUAUCAGGGGUUGUGAUGCUUCUGUGCUGUUGAACUCCAAAGGGAAGAACAGCGCUGAGAAGGACGGACCCCCUAAUAAAUCUUUGCAUGCGUUCUAUGUCAUUGACAAUGCAAAGAAGGCAGUGGAAGCUCUUUGCCCUGGUGUAGUGUCUUGUGCUGAUAUCUUGGCUUCAGCUGCAAGAGAUGCAGUUGUUCUGUCUGGUGGGCCGUAUUGGGAUGUACCCAAAGGAAGAAAAGAUGGGAGGAUAUCUAAGGCUAGCGAAACAACACAAAUGCCAGCUCCACUCUUCAAUAUAUCACAACUCCAACAAAGCUUCUCUCAGAGAGGUCUGUCCAUGGAAGACCUUGUUGCUCUCUCAGGUGGCCACACAAUAGGUUUUUCCCAUUGCUCAUCAUUCCAGAACAGAAUCCACAAUUUCAACGCCACCCAUGACAUUGAUCCUACACUACACCCAUCCUUUGCAGCAAGUUUGAAAAGCAUUUGUCCAAACAAGAGUGGCACAAAAAAUGGAGGCACCUCAAUGGAUCCAUCGUCAACUACUUUUGACAACACAUACUACAAGUUGAUUCUACAAGGGAAGAGCCUCUUCUCUUCAGAUCAGGCUUUACUCACUUCUCCAAAGACGAAAGACUUGGUUUCAAAGUUUGCGACCUCAAAAGAAACUUUCUAUGAGGCCUUUUCAAGUUCCAUGAUCAAGAUGAGCAGCAUCACAGGUGGUCAAGAAAUUAGAAAGGACUGUAGGGUGGUAAACUAAACUAUCUUUCUCAACUAAGCACUUCCAUCAUCUAAAGUGAUCGGAAGAAAACCAGAGCUAUCAAGCUUGUUGAUUUUUAAGAUUAUAUGAACCCCGAAAUUCAAUACUCCACAGAACAAUGCAUAUAAUAUUUACAGAUGUAAAUGUUAAAGCAGUCUAUUUCCUAUCCAGCAAAUAGCAGUCCUGUUUGGAUACUCUGUUAUGCAGAA